AUGCUGCCGUCUUAUUACGCCCCCGUCCUCCCUCCCUCCCCAGACCCGUCUCCAAUGUCCACCGCCGCCCUCCCCCUCCCCGUCGACCUCCUCCACUCAUGGCACUCAUGGCGCCACACAAAGCAAGACGCUCCCCUCACCCCUCCGCUUUCCACCGCGCCUCAAAGACGCGUCCUCCAUACACAUACCGUCCUCCCUCCAAUAUCCUAUUUUGACCGCGAUAUCUCGCGCCGUUCACCAGAGCUCCCCGAGGAUCCCUUCGCGCCGCCUUCCUACUCUCUCGACUGGUUCGGCAGUGACUCGCACCGCUCCUCGCGUUUCAUCGCCGAGAAGACUACCUCCGCCUCUCCUUCAAAGCGCAACCGCGUAGCCGCCUCGCAGCAGACCGCUUUCUCGCCUCAUAGCAACUCCUCCACCGCGCUCCUUCAGUUCUCCGUCGCUCCCCCCUUUGUACGAUUCGUCCAAAAGGUACUGGAGACCACCCAAGUCAGCCAGUCCGUUAUCGUGCUCUCCCUAAACUACAUCUACCGCCUCAAAGCGCGUAAUCCCUUCACGUCUGGCCAGGCUGGCAGCGAGUACCGCGUAGCCAUCGCCGCACUCAUGCUUGCCAACAAGUUUGUGGAUGACAACACGUACACAAAUAAGACGUGGUCCGAGGUGUCCGGCAUCGAGCUGUCGGAGAUCAACCGCAUGGAGCGCGAGUUCCUUAUGGGUAUCGACUUCGACCUCUACGUGAACAAGCCGACGUACGAGUCGUGGCUCAACCUCCUCACCGGUCUUGUCAUGGCCAAGGAGAAGGACUCGAAGUACUGGCAGCGGUCGCGUUGCUCUGUCCGCGCAUCCCAUCUUGCCCGCCCACCCUGUCACAGACACGCUCAUUUGAACGCGUCACGUGCCUCGUCACACCGCGCCCGAUCGUCGUCUCCCCGCCGGGCCUCAGGCUGCCCCGUUGCUCCCCCUGCCUCCUAUCCCCACUCCCACCACCUCACCCCCCUCCCGCCACCGCCACCACGGACGGUCAUUCCCCAACCUGUCGCCCAGCCCGUUUCAUAUCCUUCGCCCGCCCGGCCCGAUAUCGCCCCCGGCAGCAAGCGCACUGCAUCCGCCGCAUUCUCUCCGACCUCGGCAUCCUUCUCCGCGACCCAGCAGCCUCCUGCGCAGGCCCCGCGGCGCAUGCAGGGUCUGUCGCUCGACAUUCCGCAGCCGAUGGCUCACUCGCGGGAGACGUCCGCUUCUCCGCUAGAGUCCCUGCAGUCGUUCUCCAAGCUGUCACUCGGAGCCUCUCCCGUCGAUGGCGCAAACUCGCAGGCAUGGGUCGCUGCUGUACGACCGGAGGAUUACCCGCGGACACUGCACCUGUACUUCUAUUCCCUCGCUGGCUCACCCAUGGAAUCUGAAGAGGAGCGGCGUACGCGCAAGGCGAGGCUCCGGUAUCACCAGGCGCCCCUCCGACCGCGGCGCCAUACCGCUACCCGCCCCAGAUGCCCAUGGUCGUGCAAUCGGCCUCGGCGAGCCCUUACGAGUCCAUUCCCAUGUCCACGCCCCGCAGCCGGUCUGCCCCCGUUCUCGGAGGUAUCGCAGGGUUGGUCACAGCCGAUGCAUGCCACGGAGACGACUCAGUUGCCUCCGAUCCACGUCGACCAGGACGGGAUGCAUGGUUGCUCGAUCCCGUCGGCCCCGUUUGCGAACGCAGGCCCGCCGGAGUUCACUUCUGUUCUACGUUAA